CCGUUUUCCCAGACAGGUGUCAUUCCUCCGCUGAUUAAAUUUGAAUCAAUUCCUCAUUGACUCAGCAAGAGGAACGGCUCCUUGCAUCGCUGUACGGCAUAUGCCGAUCAGCCAGAAAGCUUCUGUAUUCUGCAUUGCCACAUGCCGUGGCCGCCACACACCCUUGAGCAAUUUGGCACGGUGGCUCGGGGUGACGUCGAUGGGGGCGGGUACUACGGUCCCUAUAAUGGCCUCUUGGGUGAACUGUUUCCUGGUCGCUCUCAUUUCAUGGUGGUGCCACAGUACAAACGCCCUCGAUUUCCGCAAUUCGUAGACUUCACGACCAUCUUUAUCGUGCAACACAAUAAGCAUCCGGUAUUUUUCAUCGAGAUCAAGCCUUCCUCGCAUGUGGAUACCAUUGCAAAUCGUGCCGCCGCCGAUGAUCAGAUGAGGGAACGAUUCGAAUCAUUCGCCGAACAAGUUAGCAUAGAUACUUUAUACGGGAUCAGUGCGCUCGGGUCCUGUGUUUGCGUAUACUCGUACGAUCGUGCAACUCGGCGGAUAGUCCCCGCAGCUAUUGAAAAAGACGCAAGCAGGGUGAAUGACAGGGCCCCCGCGAAAUGGUGGGGAUUAGACAUACUCGAGGAUGAUGGCGAAGCACACCUCCGCCAAGUGACUACACAUGUGCACCAGAUGUGCUCCACAUUGCAAACCCAUGGCCAAGGCUCGUGGUGCCACACAUUGCGUUUGUAAGAUGACUGUAACGUUUGGGACUUAAAGCGAAAACCAAUUUAUCAGGGAAAAUUUGCGGGAGCAAAACUCUUAGGACCUGUUAUCAAAUGAUCCUCGCAAAUCUUACGUUCAGCCGCCUGCUGUUGAUGAACGUAAACGAUAACCAACAUGCCUCUUGCAUGCUGCCUGAGUGAUGACCUAAAGCUGUGUAUCCCGUUUCUCUGGCUAGAUGGUCCCAGCAUCCGUAUUACUUUUUCUGUGAGCAAAACUCUAGUGUACAGGAUUCUGAACUGCUGGAACACCAACAAUAGUAUAUCCCUGGUGCUUCAGAGUUGAAUGACUAGGUGUUUUCCCAGGGGAUGCCACCACUUACAUUGAGACCCACCUUGAGAGUGAUGGCAUGUUUCUUUUGGAUGAGCUUUGGGCUUGAUGUUAGUGCAAGCACCCCUUCAUUUCAUGUUGCCUUGUUGGGGAAGAAUUAGAAGUUGAGAUCUGGUCGAUAUUAGAACCAAG